AUGGCGGGACCAGGGUCUGACAAACUUGAGACGCCGAAAUUGCUCGCUGUUGAAGGCGUCAAAAGGGAUGGACCGAUCUUGUCGAGUGUGCCGCCGAUUGCAUCAUCAUCAGUGGUGGCGCUUCCGCAGGAAACCGUCAAAAAGGCAUCCUCGGAACCUCCCAUAAUCACCCAUGGCUAUGUCCAUGGCCACAUCCACAAGCACAGGAACCACACUCAUAUCCAUGGCCACAUCCACAACCACGACCACGACCACCACUUUCGCAGCGCCAGUGGUGUUGAACAAGUGGCUAAAAUCGAAGAAGCUGCACUCGAUACUGGCGCUAAUGCCAGCACCAACACCAACGCUCAAGCGUCUAGUUGGAGUUCCGACGGCUUAUGCGCUGAAUUAGAGAAUAUCGCCAUGUGUCAGGAUGUAUUCUGUGACGAGCUAGACGAUUGCUUCUAUUUGAACUGCGAUGAUAGUAGGACAUUGAUGGAAUGCAAUGCUGAUUGCUGCGACCACAGGGCUCACCAUGAAGAGAGUCUCUGCUGCUGCAACGAUGCCAAGUGCGAGUUGUCUUUGCGUGAAGAGGUCUGCACUCAGCAUCAUCAAGAUGCAAAGUUGAUGAACCUGUGUCAGGAUUCACUGGAAAGCUUGGAGUGCUGUAAUGACCCCAGGUGCUGUGACGCCAGUGAUGACUGUCUGCUUACCGAUAACUCAGUCUGUGUUGAUCCAACUUGUGGAAUGGCCCCAACUAGAUCGCUUUCACAUGUGGAUAAAAGCUAUCUUUGCGAUUUGCAGCUUUCCAAGCGUCCAAUCUUUGAAGACUUGAUUAAUAACGUGCACCAAAACUUGCAGCAGCAGCAGCAACAGCAGCAGCAACAACAGCAACAACAACAACAACAACAACAACAACACGUACACACACCUGAUCAUGAGUUUGUAAUGCCCGCAGCAAAGAGAGUCAAAAGGCAAGCUCCGAGUGAGUUUGAAAUCCAUUUCCCACACGAGUGCCAUUCUGAAGAUGCUGCUGAAUCAAAGGAACAUCACCAUAUCCACCAAUCGUGUUUCCAUACUACGAUACCGAACACUUCUACUGCUGCUGCCGACAACGAGCAGGUGAUGUCCGACUUUGAUUUUAUCGUCAAGUUUAACAACUUCAACAAUCUUAUGGCGUCAGGUGCAGCUACAAACUCAAAUUCGCUUGUGCCGACCACGCCACUAAUCAAGGAAAAUAAGCCCCCGACUGACGACUCGCUAUUGCGAUACUCGUGCCAAUGGGAACACUGUUUCCAGAAACUAACCCACGACAACUUCAUGAACCACAUGGGUAACCACUUGUCUCAAGAGAUGGACAUUGGCAAGUCAAACUCUUAUCAAUGCGAAUGGAACAACUGCAACUUCACAGACCAAAGUUUAGAUGCUUUGCUUGGACAUUUAGAAUCUCACAAACAGCCACCAACAUUGAAAUCGACGCUGCAUUUAGACCAAGUUGACGUUUUAAGCCCCUUGUCAUCCACCGGCGUUAAUGCAACGCAAGACCUGCUGCCAGCGGAAGCCUUGCCUGCACAUCCACACAACGAAGUCAACAUCACCUCGAUGCAAAUCUUGCCCAAGCAAACUAGAAAAGCUGCAAGCGCAAGACCAACGUGCUGCGCACAAGCGCCAGAGUUUUCGUGUCAAUGGGACAUCAGCCGCGAGGAAAAAGGCGCCCCACCGGUGCCAUGCAACAUUUUCCAUGCGUCACAGAAAGAGCUCCAGGAACACAUCAUCAAGGACCACAUUGGCGCCGGUAAGUCAACCUACUAUUGCCGCUGGAUAGGAUGCGACAGACACAACGGGAAACUAUUCUCGCAGAGGCAGAAACUAUACCGCCACAUCCACAUCCACACAAACUACAAGCCUUGCAAAUGCCCCCAAUGCGGCGCUUCAUUUGCGGUGGAAUCGAUGUUGCAACAACAUCUCCGUAUCCAUUCGGGUGAGAAACCGUUUGUGUGUUCCGUGUGUAAAAAGAGCUUUGCCACGAGCAGCUCGUUAUCGAUUCACCACCGCGUCCACACGGGAGAGAAGCCUUUAAAGUGCAAAUGGCCCGGCUGCGGCAAGAGCUUCAGCGAAAGCUCAAACUUGACGAAGCAUAUGAAGAUCCAUACCAAGAAGUAUGAUUGCGACGAGUGUGGAGCUUCAUUUAAUAGAAAGUAUGAACUUGACCGGCAUGCUAAAGUACAUGAACGCGAAGAGAGCGGUGUCAAGUUGACCAGUCCGUUGCCGAGCAACGGGAACGUUUAUAAAAGCAUAGUUUAA